AUGACACCUACGGCCAUCGACGAGAUUGCAGCUGCAGCUUCCGUGCCCAACACGCAGCAGCAGCAUACUCCCUCGGCACCGACCGUGCCUAGUCUUCUCUCGCUCACGGGUAAAACUAUAGCUAUCACCGGUGGUGGCAGAGGCCUAGGAAUGGAGCUGGCCUUUGCGGUGGUAGAGUCUGGCGGCCACGUUGCGUGUCUGGACAUUUUGCCCUCUCCCUCAGAGACCCAAUGGUCCACCCUUCUCAAGUUGUGCAAGUCAUCCAAUCUGACUGCCUCAUAUAAGCAAUGCGAUGUCACCAGCGAAACCGAGCUUGCGACAGCACUAGAGCAAAUCGCGCAAGACGCCGACGCGCAGGACGCGCCCUUUGCUGGUGUCGUGGCCUCCGCAGGCAUCCAGCAGAAGGUCCCGGCGCUCGAGUAUGAGGGACAGGACUUUGAGCGGAUCCUACGAGUCAACGUGACAGGGGCAUUCCUGACCGCGAAGCGAACAGCUAGCAUUCUAGUCGAGAAGAACAGGCCAGGAAGCAUUGUCCUUAUAGCAAGCAUGUCGGGUCAAAUUGCAAACCGGGGUCUCACAUGUUCGGCGUACAACACGAGCAAGGCGGCGGUGCAGCAAUUGUGCCGUUCUCUCGCCCAGGAAUGGGGCAAGUACGGAAUACGGAUCAAUACCUUAUCACCGGGUUAUAUCCAGACUGAUAUGACAAACCAGCUCCUCCAGGCUGAGCCUGAGGUAGAAAAGACGUGGAUGGCCGGGGCGCUUCUGGGCAGACUGUCAACACCGGAUGAGUUCAAGGCCCCGGCAGUUUUCUUACUGUCAGAAGGCAGUUCUUUCAUGACGGGAGCUGACUUGAGGGUGGAUGGCGGCCAUUGUGCCUCUGCAUGA